AUGAAUCUUGCCAGGUUCUUGACGGAAACCGCUCCCCAACCUGUGGAAGGGGAGACUGACGCACAAAGACAGUGCGCGGUAGAUGCGUGGAAGCAUUCGGAUUUCAUAUGUCGUGGCUAUGUGUUAAACGGCCUGUCGGAUGCGUUGUAUGAUGUGUACUACAAUGUCAAGACUUCCAAAGACCUUUGGGAUGCCUUGGACAAGAAGUACAAAACGGAGGAUGCUGGCACAAAGAAAUUUGUGGUAGCCCGUUUUUUGGAAUUCAAAAUGGUUGAUUCUAAAACAGUUAUGAAUCAAGUCCAAGAAUUGCAAAUUAUACUACAUGACAUCCUCGCGGAAGGCAUGAAACUUAGCAAGACAUUCCAAGUGGCAGCGAUGAUUGAAAAGUUACCUCCUGGUUGGGUGGAUUUUAAGAAUUAUCUUAAACACAAACGAAAGGAGAUGACUAUAGAGGACCUUAUUGUUCGUCUUCGGAUUGAAGACGACAAUAGAAUUGCCCAAAAAGGCAGCCUUGCGCAGACUAGUGCUAGCGCAAAUUUGGUUGAGCAUGGGCAAUCCUCUAAAGGCAAUAAGUGUAAGGGGAAAAAGGACAAAGAGAAAAAACCAAAGCAUGAGCGCGCGCACAUGGUGGAUGAAGACGGAAUGCCUUUGGUGGCAAUGAUUUCCGACAAAACUGUAAUGUUGGAUGAGGUCAAUGCUGUGACCAACACUCCAAAAGGAUGGUGGGUUGAUACGGGAGCGACCCGUCAUGUGUGCCCAGACAGGAGCCUCUUUACCACCUUCAAAGAGCUUGCGGGAGAUGAGAAGCUGUACAUGGGAAAUGCAGCCACCGCGGACAUCAAGGGUGAAGGAACGGUAAGUUUGAACUGGACUUCGGGGAAGGAGCUCACUUUAAGCAACGUGCUAUAUGUUUCAGACUUGCGCAAGAGCCUAGUCUCGGGUUGGUUGCUUAAAUAA